AUGCUCCCUUCCCGCCAUCUCCGCGCCGCCGCGCGGCAGAGAAGCCACCGCCCACCAGCUGCCGGAGAAGCAUGUUCCGGAAAGAUUGACGCGGAUGUGAUCCGGCGCAACAAGUCCAUCACCGCCCACAUGCGGGCCGGCCGCGUCGGCGAGGCCGAGCGCCUAUUCGACGCCAUGCCCCUCCGCUCCACCUCCACCUACAACGCCAUGCUCGCCGGAUACGCCUCCAACGGACGCCUCCCUGUCGCGCUGUCCCUCUUCCGCUCCAUCCCACGGCCGGACACCUUCUCCUACAACACCCUGCUCCAUGCGCUGGCGGUCUCUUCGUCCCUCACUGACGCCCGCAGCCUGUUCGACGAAAUGCCCGUGAAGGACUCGGUGUCAUACAACGUCAUGAUCUCCUCUCACGCAAACCAUGGACUUGUCUCGCUUGCGCGGAAGUACUUUGAUCUUGCCCCGGAGAAGGAUGCUGUCUCGUGGAAUGGCAUGCUUGCCGCUUAUGUCAGGAAUGGACGGAUUCAAGAAGCAAUGGAGUUGUUCAAUUCAAGGACGGAGUGGGAUGCCAUUUCUUGGAACGCCUUGAUGGCCGGGUAUGUUCAGUUGGGCCGGAUGGCAGAAGCACAGGAGCUUUUUGAUAGGAUGCCGCAAAGAGAUGUUGUUUCUUGGAAUACUAUGGUGUCAGGUUAUGCGAGGGGAGGGGAUAUGGUGGAGGCUAGAAGGCUGUUCAACAUGGCACCCGUGCGGGACGUAUUCACAUGGACAGCAGUAGUGUCUGGGUAUGCACAAAAUGGAAUGCUGGAGGAUGCCCAGAUGGUGUUUGAUGCCAUGCCAGAGAGGAACGCAGUGUCGUGGAAUGCAAUGGUGGCAGCAUAUGUCCAGCGGAGGAUGAUGGAGAAAGCAAAGGAACUGUUUGACAUGAUGCCCUGCAGGAAUGUGGCAUCGUGGAACACAAUGUUGACAGGGUAUGCUCAGGCAGGGAUGUUGGAUGAGGCAAGAACAAUUUUCGACAUGAUGCCUCAGAAGGAUGCAGUCUCCUGGGCUGCAAUGUUGGCUGCAUAUGCACAAGGUGGUUUCAGUGAGGAAACCCUGCAGCUGUUCAUCAAAAUGGGGCGGUGCGGUGAGUGGGUCAAUAGGUCAGCAUUCGCUUGUUUGUUGAGCACGUGUGCUGACAUUGCUGCACUUGAGUGUGGAAUGCAGCUGCAUGGGAGGUUGAUUAAAGCUGGAUAUGGGUUGGGCAGGUUUGUUGGGAAUGCACUUUUAGCUAUGUACUUCAAAUGUGGGAACAUGGAGGAUGCUCGCAAUGCAUUUGAGGAGAUGGAGGAGAGGGAUACAGUUUCAUGGAAUACUGUGAUUGCGGGUUAUGCACGUCAUGGUUUUGGCAAGGAGGCACUUGACGUGUUUGAUAUGAUGAGGAUGACAUCCACCAAACCAGAUGAUAUUACUCUAGUUGGAGUACUUGCAGCUUGUAGUCAUUCUGGCUUGGUUGAGAAAGGGAUUUCGUACUUUUAUUCGAUGCACCGCGAUUUCGGUGUGGCAGCCAAACCUGAACAUUACACUUGUAUGAUAGACCUGCUUGGACGGGCUGGACGAUUGGAUGAAGCACAGGGCCUUAUGAAGGACAUGCCAUUUGCACCAGACGCUACCAUGUGGGGUGCAUUGCUUGGUGCAAGUAGGAUUCACCGCAAUCCUGAACUAGGCAGGACUGCAGCUGAGAAAAUAUUUGAGUUGGAGCCUGAAAAUGGCGGCAUGUAUGUCUUGCUUUCAAAUAUAUAUGCAUCUUAUGGUAAAUGGCGUGAUGUGGGGAAGAUGAGAGUUAUGAUGGAGGAGCGCGGUGUGAAAAAGGUGCCUGGAUUCAGCUGGAUGGAAGUGCAGAACAAAGUACACACUUUCUCAGUUGGUGACUGUGUGCACCCUGAGAAGGAAAAAAUAUAUGCUUUCCUGAAAGACCUUGACAUGAGGAUGAAGAAAGCUGGCUAUGUAUCAGCUACAGAAAUGGUUUUGCAUGAUGUGGAGGACGAAGAGAAGGAGAACAUGCUAAAGUAUCACAGCGAGAAGCUUGCUGUUGCUUAUGGUAUUCUAAACAUCCCUCUUGGGAGGCCUAUCCGAGUAAUAAAAAACCUAAGAGUAUGCGGAGAUUGUCACAAUGCUUUCAAGUAUAUCUCUGCAAUCGAGGGCAGGCUGAUCAUACUGCGGGAUUCUAACCGCUUUCACCACUUUAGAGAUGGUUCUUGUUCAUGUGGUGAUUACUGGUGACCUCUUAGUAGAAUCUAAUGUGAAAUAUUCCUGAUGGACACUGAAGUUGAGAGGACAAAACAAUGAUUAUGCAAUGCAGGGUGCAAACAAAAAUUAGAAGGCAUUGUGAUGACUGGAUCUGGCCAUCCAGACACUAGGCCCACUGCUGCAGUACUGCUUGAAAGAAUAUGUUUGUUGGUGAUCGCCA